AUGUCCCCUCCGGCAUCGGCUGCGACAGCGAGUGAAAGCAGUACAACCACUGUCUUCGAGGAGGACACCAGAGAGGAGCAAAGACCCCUUAAACAAUCUCUGAGUAAGUCACUAUGUCGGGAGAGUUUUUGGAAAUGCCUUCUCCUGUCCAUUCUCAUGUAUGGCUGCAUGGGAGCAAUGGUGUGGUGUCAUGUCACCAAGGUGACCCGCCUCACCUUUGACAGUGCCUUCAAAGGGAAAUCAAUGAUGUACCAUGACAGUCCCUGCUCUGAUGGCUAUAUCUACAUCCCUCUGGCCCUGUUGGGCAUGCUCUAUUUGGUCUACCUUGUGGAGUGCUGGCACUGUCACGUGAAGAGCGAGCUGCAGCACAAAGUGGAUGUGGAGGGCAUUUACGAACGCAUCCAGAGGAUGCAGCAAGCUAAACCCUGCAUCUGGUGGAAGGCUAUCAGCUACCACUAUGUUCGCCGAACUCGACAAGUCACACGCUAUCGCAAUGGAGAUGCUUACACCAGUACCCAGGUUUACCAUGAGCGUGUGAACACCCAUGUGGCAGAAGCUGAGUUUGACUACAGUCACUGUGGAGUGAAAGAUGUAUCAAAGCAGCUGGUUGGCUUGGAGAAGUCUGCUCUUACAAAGAUGCGGUUCACAAAGUGUUUUAGUUUUGCGAAUGUUGAGUCAGAGAAUUCGUACCUAACACAACGAGCGAGGUUUUUUACUGACAAUGAGGGCCUUGAUGACUACAUGGAAGCCAGGGAAGGCAUGCACCUAAAAAACAUCGACCUGAAGGAAUAUGUCAUGGUGUUAUCUGACCCCGACCACCACCCCUGGUAUCUGUCCCAUUAUGUCUUCUGGUUUGCCUCAUUCCUCACAUUCUCUUGGCCUCUCAGAGUCUUCACAGAGUAUCGCACUGCAUAUGUCCAUUAUCGUGUUGAGAAGCUCUUUGGGCAUGAUUACCUCCCUGUGACCCCAUGUGAUGAUCGGCCAUAUUGGCGUCGUAUCCCCCGUGUGAACACCAUUGACAGUACAGAAUUGGAAUGGCAUAUUCGGUCCAACCAGCAGCUCGUGCCCAGUUACUCAGAGGCUGGCCUGAUGGACCUGGCACAGUGCCCAUCCAGCUUCAACGGGAUUCGUCAGAAUUGUGAGCGCUGCCACAGAGCCAUCAGUUGCUCCUCAGUGUUUUCCAGGAGUGCCCUGAGCAUUUGUACCGGUGCCAGCUCCCGCAUCCCCUUCAGCGGCAGUCGGUUCUCCCUGGCACGGCGCUAUGGCUCUCAGCGUAGCUGCUUUUGGAGGAGCGGCAGCCUGGAGGACCAGGAGAGUCCCAGUGAAAACACCCACUGCCUAUCAGAGCGUCUCACCACUGAUGAUGAGGAACCCCCAGACUACGAGGAUGCACUUUGCUAUCCAGUGCUCAUCGUUCACUGCAGCGAGAAUUGCCACAACCAUAGGUCCUUCCACAGAAAUGGCUCCUGUGUGGAGACUUCCUUAUGA